GUAGGUCUGAGCGAGGAGGGAGCUGGGGGCCUCAUUUGCUGGGUCUGAGGGAGGAGAGGGCCGGACGCCGUGAAUCUUGGUUCUGAGGGAGGAGGGCAUUGGGGUCCCGGACUCCUGGGUUUGAGGGAGGAGGGGGUUGGGGCCAAACUUCCAGGCUUCUGGUCUUCCUGGCAACGCCCCCCCCAGGGCCGGGCUUCCAGGGUCCAGCCCCUAUUUGUGGUUCGGCCUUCCCGGACUUUGGAGGUGGAAAGAAGCGCAGAGUGAGCGACAGAGGGAGAGACAGACUGAGGCAGAAUGGCCACGGGAACGCGCUAUGCCGGGAAGGUGGUCGUGGUGACAGGGGGCGGGCGCGGCAUCGGAGCCGGGAUCGUGCGAGCCUUCGUGGAAAGCGGGGCCCAAGUGAUUAUCUGCGACAAAGACGAGUCUGGGGGCCGGGCCCUGGAGCAGGAGCUUCCUGGAACUGUCUUUCUCCUCUGUGACGUGACUCGGGAGGAAGAUGUGAGGACUCUCCUUUCUGAGACCGUCCACCGUUUCGGCCGCCUGGAUUGUGUGGUCAACAACGCUGGCUACCAUCCACCGCCGCAGUGGCCCGAGGAGACCUCUGCCCAGGGCUUCCGGCAGCUGCUGGAGCUGAACCUGCUGGGGACGUACACCUUCACCAAGCUCGCCCUCCCCCACCUGCGGAAAAGCCGGGGGAACGUCAUCAACAUCUCCAGCCUCGUCGGGGCCAUUGGCCAGUCCCAGGCGGUGCCCUAUGUGGCCACCAAGGGCGCAGUUACAGCCAUGACCAAAGCCUUGGCCCUGGAUGAGAGUCAAUAUGGCGUCCGUGUCAACUGCAUCUCCCCAGGAAACAUCUGGACCCCACUGUGGGAGGAGCUGGCAGCCUCAACGCCUGACCCCGCCGCCACCGUCCGAGAGGGCACCUUGGCCCAGCCCCUGGGCCGCAUGGGCCAGCCAGCUGAGGUGGGGGCUGCCGCCGUCUUCCUGGCGUCUGAAGCCAACUUCUGCACAGGGAUCGAGCUGUUUGUGACCGGGGGUGCGGAGCUGGGGUAUGGGCGCAAGGCCAGGCGGGGCACCCCAGUGGAGGCCCCCACCAUGCCUUCCUGAUUGCGUACAUUUCCACUUGGGCCUCACUGACUAGGACUCUCCCACCCCAAACUCAGUCUCCCAAAUUCCAGCCUCUACCCGCUGCCGCUCAGGUGCACCUCCGGAUGUUACCACUUCCCAUGUGCCAAUCCACCCCACAGGGCCCCAUAAAGCAAUUUGCAGCCCGGAGGAGGAGGGCAUCAUUCCAUUUACUUUUCACCCGUUAUGGGUCCUGCCACACCAGGACCCCGCCCCACGCGCUCCCACGCGUGGCCUCCACCCAAGGGACUUCAACUCCCGGCAGGCCUUGCAGCAGGAGCCGGUCUCCAGGGGUUCCUGGGAAAAGUAUUGCUGGUCGGCUUUGGCUGUGCGCUAAUUAAAAGGCCCGCAGGGAAGAGUACAUUAAACUCUAAUUAAAAGAUAAUGGAGGAAUUGACGCAAAAA